AUGAUUUCAUAUGGCCAUAUAUCUGCCAAAUUUCAUUAUCACCAAACCCCUCCAUUUCUUACGUAAUAUAACUAUCAAUCGAAACACAAAUAUUACAUCCAGAACAUUAAAAAAAUAUCCUCGUACUAAUACUUUAUGAUAUAUUCUAUCAACAGAAUUAUAUAUAUUUCUUCAAUCCAUCGCCUGAGAAAAAAAAUGACAUCGUCCCCGUCUCCAGUAAACCGUCGUGCUACCACCGCGCACGGCAGCAGAGCGGCGCCGAGACUCGCGGUUGCCCACACAAAUCCGGCCGUUAUAGAUGUCCAGGCCGGAAAUGUGACGACCGCGAGCAGCGCUCGUGAGAAGCAACACAAGUUAACGAAGUUGUUGCUGAGUGUGAAUAUUCAGAACAGUUUGGGACCGGUGCAUGUGGUGAUAUCGCCGGAGAACACCUUGGGAGAUUUGAUAAGGGCGGCGAUUGAGAUUUACGUCAAGGAGAAGCGGCGGCCAUUGUUGAUUACUAAUGAUCCUCGGUGUUACGAGCUUCACUACUCCCAGUUUAGUUUGGAGAGUUUGAAGACAGAGGAGAAAGUGUUGAAUUUGGGAUCUCGAACUUUCUUUCUUUGUCCAAAACCAAGCACUGCUGUCAAAGCAAAGGCAACACCAACAUCUCCACUUCGGUUAACAAAGCUCAUGGAUUUCCUUCUAUAACUUUUUCAUAUUCUAAACUACUAUAUAUAUUUAUUUUUUUUUCAUUUGAAUGUGUCAGCUUUCCGAUUAUUGUCGAAAUUGAAUGUCCUAAAAUAUCUUGGGCUGAAUUAAAAUAUUCAUUUAACUUUCGACCACUUAUAUUUGCAUCUAUACCCGCUUUUUGGGUGACGUUUUAAUUUA